UCCCAAUUCUCAAACAUUGCUACCACACACAGAAAAACAAAAACACUGAAAAAUCACCAUCGUUGUAACCAAGAACACAGAGAAAGAGCGAAAUCGGUGUAUGUGUGAUCGGUUACAAAGGUUGAAUGCGUAGUUGAGGUGGCGACUUUCGACGAAGAAAGCAUCGGAGGAGGAGAAGAAGAAGGGAAGAGGAACAGUAGGAUUCGCGUGUUUCUUUCUUCGAUCUUCUCGAGUUUCGGUGGGGUUUUUGGAUCGAAUUUUCCAGAAGAACCUGAUAAUCUAAUUAUGGCGUCUAAAGCUAUUGCUCCAAUUGAACAACCCAGAGGUGAGAAUAAGAAAAAGAAUUUAGGAGUAGAAGGAAGAAACAGAAAGGUUCUUGGAGAUAUUGGAAAUCUUGUGAUUAAUCCAGCAGAUCCUCAUGCUAAUGAGCCUAAGCGCAUCACAAGGAACCAAUUAGCUGCUAUUGCUCAAGCAGCAGAGAAGAACAAGAUAUUAGUACCUGAUGUUGUCAAUGGAAACUUUGUUGCUGCUAACAAGAUGGAACAAGCUCCGAAACCUGCUGAACAUGAAGUUAUUGUCAUCAGUUCUGAUGAAGAAGCUGAAGUGAAAGAGAAAAGGCCACUUAAAGGGAGAAAGUUAAGAGACAGAUCUAAGAUAAAUGUCAGGACAUUUAGCUCUGUGCUUUCAGCUAGAAGCAAGGCUGCUGGUAGAAGUGUGCCAAAUGAUUUGGUAAUGAACAUUGAUGCAACUGACAAGGACAAUGAAUUGGCUGCAACUGAGUAUAUUGAUGAUAUUUACAAGUUUUACAAACUCAGUGAAGAUGACUGUCCUGUACAUGAUUACAUGGUUUCACAGCCGGAUAUAAAUGCUAAGAUGAGAGCGAUUCUUAUUGAUUGGUUGAUUGAAGUUCAUCGAAAAUUCGAACUCAUGCCAGAAACUUUCUAUCUGACUCUUAACAUAGUUGACCGAUUCUUGUCCAUGAAGGCUGUUCCUAGAAAGGAACUUCAGCUUGUUGGCAUAAGCUCAAUGCUUAUUGCAUCUAAGUAUGAAGAGAUAUGGGCACCAGAGGUUACAGAUUUUGUAUGCAUAUCAGACAAUGCCUAUGUUAGAGAACAGGUUUUGGUUAUGGAGAAAACAAUCCUGGGAAACCUGGAAUGGUAUUUAACAGUUCCUACUCCUUAUGUCUUUCUGGUUCGGUACAUCAAAGCCUCCACUCCCUCUGAUGAACAGAUGGAAAAUAUGGUGAAUUUCCUAGCUGAACUUUCUAUGAUGCAUUAUGUUACUGUAUCAUCGUACAGUCCUUCGAUGAUUGCUGCUUCUGCUGUUUAUGCGGCAAGAUCUACACUUAAGAGGAGUCCUUUUUGGACUGACACUCUCGAGCACUACACAGGCUAUUCUGAGGAACAACUAAGGGAUUGUGCCGAACUGAUGGUCAGUUUUCAUUCUGCUGCACCAGAGAAUAAGCUGAGGGCAAUUUAUAAGAAAUUCUGUGGCACAGAUCGUUGUACUGUUGCUCUUAUGGCUCCAGCCAAAAACUUGUCAGCAGAGUCUUGAAGGGAUUAUAUAGUUUAGGGUGUUUUGUUUUGGAUGAUUGAGUCUAAUCAAUCAAUAAACAAAUAUAAUGUACAUGGUCAUUAUUACAUGGUCAUUAUAUUAGCUAUCAUAUGAUUGUGAUUAUUUUAGCUAUCAUGAUCUGAAACUUAUGGAUGGUUUUCAUUUAGGAGGUAUUAUUACUAUUAUGAUGAUCUACAUGAUCAUUAUUAUGAUCUAUAUAUGAUUGUGUUUUUUCAAGUGUGUAACAAAAGUUUGAGAUUAGAAUUAUAUUCCAAUCAAGCACAGGUUGAUUCUUUUUGUAUAAUGGAUAUAUGCUAUGGAAAUUCAGUAUUUGGCAA